UGCAUUUUUAAAAUAACUUUCACAAAAGACUAAAACACACGCCGGCGGCGUGCCAGCUUCCACCGUCCCACCACUAAACCACCAGCUCAAAACACUCCCCACCGUCGCGUACCAUUUCAAUAAUCCAUUGAAGAACCAGUAGAUAGCGCAAACCUGGGAAAGUGAAAAUCAUCUUUUAUUUUCGAAUAUGGCGGCGGUUUCAGAAAACGAGAGCCCAUCUCCAACAAUUGUUAUACCCGACGAAUGGUCUGAUGCAGCCGUGGCCAUAGCCAGUGGCGGCGUUUCUUUUCCGAUUGCCUUGGUGUGCGGGCCGAAGAACAGCGGCAAAACCACUUUCUCCCGCCACCUCGUCAAUGUUCUUCUCCAGAGGCACAAAAGAGUGGCCUAUCUUGAUACUGAUGUUGGGCAGACAGAGUUUACUCCUCCUGGUCUUCUGUCUCUUACUGUUAUUGACAAAAUAACUCCAGAUCUGACAAUUCCAUGCUUGAAAACUCCCGAGAGAUGCUUUUUCUUCGGUGAUAUCUCUUCAAAAAGGGACCCAGCCAUAUAUUUGACUUACAUAUCGGCCCUGUAUGAUCACUAUACGAAAAAAUACUGCACUGUUAACAACAGAGAAACUGAGGACAGUGCCGGAUUGCCACUUGUCAUAAAUACCCCUGGCUGGGUAAAAGGUAUCGGUUAUGAACUACUUGUAGACAUGCUAAAACAUAUGUCUCCUACACAUGUGGUUAAGAUUCAGAUAUCUGCCGAGAGCAAGAACUUACCAGCUGGCGCAUUUUGGUUAGAUGAGGGGAAUGCCGAUGCCGUGACUGUCAUUGAGAUCAGUGCUGCUCUCCAGGACAAUUUCAAGAGAUCGAUAUUGGUGCGAAAAGAUGCACGCCUUCUACGUGAUCUUCGUGUAAUGGCAUACUUCAGACAAUGCUUUCCAAGUGAUGUAACCAUCUCCACAAUCAAGGAACUUGCUCGUGCACUGGCCUCUCACCCACCUUACGAAAUUCCCAUAUCAAGCAUCAAAAUCAAACACCUUCACUGCCAGGUCCCAGUGACUGAAACUUUCUACAGUUUGAAUGCGAGUAUUGUUGGUCUAGCAGUCGAUUCAACAUCCGAUCAAUUUCCUCAAUGUGUUGGCUUGGGGAUUGUGAGAGGCAUCGACACCUUUAAUGGGGUGCUCCAUGUUAUAACUCCUGUUCCACAGCAGUGUUUGGAAGAUGUUGAUCUUUUACUUCAAGGCUUUAUUCAAAUUCCAACUGCUUUACUACAGGUACAAGGUUGUGUUUCUCCUUACAUGUUUGCAAACGUUGUCUCUACUAAUUAGGUGCUCGUUUAUCGCUUGUGGAGUUUCGAGAUAGCUUUCUUUAUUAAGCACUUGCUAAUCAAACUACUUGAAUCAUAUUCGGAUCAACAUGUUACUGUCUUAUGCUAAAAAAAGCAUGUUAUCACUUAAUUGUACUUUGAAAUAUUUAACUUGAAAUGACAUUGUCUUGAAACUUGAUUGUCGAAGGUAACUAAAUGGUACCUAUUACCUUAUGUUUUGCUGCUAAUUCAGCUUUUUUUUGGGGGGCAAGAAAAUUUGGCGAGAAUGUGAAUCCUUUUUUUUUUUUUUUU